GUUACCUAGAAAUGUGAGAAGCCUCGCGCGGUCUUGAGCCUCUGGCCCCGCUGGCGGAUGGUCCAAUAAGGACCACUCAAUCCUGGAAACCUGCGUCAAAAGGCCUUAUCUCGGUGACAAACACCAGUCACGGUACGACGUUUAAUGAUGCGGCGGUGAAUUUGGUGUAUCAGUUUGACAAGCGGGUUUCCAGUAUUCAUGUUGUACGCAACGGUUGUCCAGAUGCCUCUCCCUCUAGGCGGACUGGCCUGCCAGGUCAAUUCGACCUCAUCGAAGUAUUUAUGCUCACAAGGAUGCGAAACUCUCCUCAAGCGCUCAAGCUUUCACAGACUCUUCCACUGUAAAGCGACUCACCCGAACCUUCAUUCGUCUUUAUUUGAGACGAGAUGGCUGAGAUUGUCAGACCUGCACUUGGCCAGCAGGUUGCCAUCGGCACGCUUUACGAUGCAAGGGUUGACCAAUUCCUUCAGUCCUCUAUCUUGCCACCGAAUCUGCCACGAGGAAUCGUCUUGCGAGGUAUCCUUCCACCCUCUGACCAGCUCCAGAAUUGGAUGGCUGAAGGUUCCGAUCAUGCGAGUCGAUUCAGAGCAAUGUGUGUUGAUGACAACCUUGCAGCAAGCAUUCUAUCCGGCUCAAUCGACCUCGAAGGAUCUGCCAACUUUCUGAAAGACAGCACAGUUGAUGAAAAUACACUCUGCGGUGCAGUUCGUCAUUUCUUCAAUACAUAUAAAGAUGUUCUUGAUAUUAAUAGGGGGGCGUUUAGAACUGGAGGGGCUCCAGCAAUGUUUCUCCCGCCGGAUCCUCGCAGUACCCAUGUGGUCACCAGUGUCAGAUGGGGACUGCAGAGCAUUCUGACAAUGAAGCACCGCAUAGCAGAUCCAAGUCAACAAGUAGCCCUGGAACUUUCAUUUCAGAGAGACUUAAUGGAGCUGAACGCUAUCGUCAAUUCCAUUUACUCGCUCGACUUCAGCAAAGAUCUGGCAAGCCAGCGACUUGAACUCGACUAUGAGUUCAAGCUCUAUACUGACAUCCAGAGGGAUCGUGGCAUUUGCAAAGAAACCCUGCCUGUUAUGUGCAGGUUUGUCCAACUGGGCCCGCAGCAGAUUACACAUACUCCUGACGAAGCAGGGUACCCGAUGGAAUACACCUUACAUCCCAUACAAGUCCUCCGCCAUCUCAUGACUGGUGGGGGCCCUCACCAAGCCCUGAGAGCUAUCACCAACAUCGACCCUUUCUUUGUUCUUUUUGAUGAUUGGAAUGCAUGUACAGAGAAGCUUGAAGAGUACAGACACUCGCUUGUGGGUCGGGAACAAUAUCUUGCAAGGAGUCACAUCGACGAAGUCGAUGCAUCAAUUGCUCUGCUUGAAACAUCUCGGAAAAAUCUCCAGAUGACUCUGCAGAGAACUGUAGCAAGUAUCAAAGAUGGCACAGUGCAUGAACAUCGUCUCGAGUACCUAUAUGCCGAUCACGAAUUAUCUGCCCGGCAGAUCUCUAUGAUCGCUGGUCAGCAAAGCGACAAGCUCAGAUUCAUCGAGCAAUGUCUCAAUAGUGGAGCGACAUAUAUCGGUUUCAAUGGCGCUUGCAUCAACGAACGCACUCUGUCUCACGAUCCUCCUCCAUAUCAUUUCCUUUUCAAUAAUGCUGUGCUCAAGAGUUCAAGUUCAUGGAAUGAGCAUUGCACAACUCUGAGGGAGUUCCUUCACAACCCCCAGACCCAGAACCAGGUGUUUAUAGUCGACUGCGAUGCCCCCUCUGAGUACAGAGAGUUGGAAGCCCCAAUCUUUGGUCCAAUACGAACAAUGUCGAAGCCAGUGAUUGAAGUUUCGGAGUAUCGGGAUACGUCAGCAGAACGCAGGCCUCCUACCAGACAAGCAGAGCACCGGCAACAGCCACAAAGGUGUAUCGCUCGUUGUGAUCCGGGCGAGAUGGAUUUUGAUACACGAAGACCGGCUGAGCGCCGCUUGGUCAGGAUCCCCUGUCCUGGGCCAUCUUGUGACUCUCACUUGAGUCGUGAAUGGGCCUGCGCCAGUUGCAACACUCCUCUAGAGUUCGGGUCAACGAACAACUGCAUCUACUGCGACUGUGGUUCAGCCGCUUACGACUCAUGGGACUUCAAAUGCAAUAGCGAUAGUCACGGACGCGGUUUCGAUCGAUACCACACGGAUGAACUUUAUCGACUCUUGACAAGAUCAAAACGGCCUGAUUGUCGCAAUAUCCUGGUUCUGGGACAGACUGGCGUUGGCAAGUCAACCUUCAUCAACUCUUUCGUCAAUUUCUUGACGUUUGAGAGUUUCGAUGAGGCGAAAUCGGCCCUGAAACUAGAAUAUAAGGUCCCGUGUUCCUUUUCAGUCAGUCAUUGGAACUCAUCGGACCUAGAUCAGGAACUUGAGAGCCGGACGAUCCGCGUUGGCUCUGGAGAUGAUGAACACGACGGUACCACCGGCGAUUCUGCGACACAGAGGACAUCAGUUUACAGAGUGACAUAUAAUGAUACCAAAUACCGCAUAAUCGAUACUCCAGGUAUCGGCGACACCCGAGGUCCUGAAACAGAUAAUAAGAACAUCAAGGACAUCAUGAACACUCUGAAAAGAUACAAAGAGCUUCAUGGAAUAUUGAUCCUGCUCAAUACCAACGAAGCGCGCCUGACCGCCACAAUCAAUUUCUGCUUUGGGGAGCUACUGUCCCAUCUCCAUCGUAGCGCUGUUGCAAACGUCGUCUUUGGAUUCACACAUACCCUCAUCUCCAAUUAUGCACCAGGAGAUGCUCUCAAACCACUUCAAAGCUACCUGAAAAAUAACACAACUGUUGACCUAACGGUAUGCCGCGCAAACUCGUACAGUUUUGAUGCGAAAAGCUUUCAUUACCUGGCUGCGUACUUUCAAGGUGUCAGAGGCGAAGACGAGAGAAGUUCCCGGGAAAGUUGGGAUAAAUCGAGAGCAGAAACUUUGAGGCUACUUUCCUAUAUUGACAACUUCAGACCACAUGAGAUCAGGCAAACGCUCACCAUGGAAGGUGCACGCGAAGCGCUCUGUCAUUUGAUGAUUCCUAUGGUUGAGAUUUCUCAGGAGAUCAAAAAGAAUUUGAGCCUUCUGGAAGAAAAGAUGGCAGAGUUAAAAGAUAUGCGCCUGACGGGAGAUGAAUUACGAAAGAAACUUCAUCUGGAAAGGAUCAAGGUUGUUCCUACAAAGCUCGACAAGCCUCGUACUGUUGUCCCAUUCUACAAGUCAAUUUGUCACGAAGAUUGCAGACUACCAGGUGUUACCGAAGAGUGUUUGGGCCAUCCAGAACUCAUCAAAUGCCGGGCUUUCAAGGACACCAAAGACAAGACUUGUAAAAUUUGCAAGCAUAGUUGGCAGGAGCACAUGCAUUUCUUCUAUGAACUGACAGAAAGCAAGGUCAAGGUCAAGGAUAAAGACGUUGAGCGGCGCCUCAGAGACAACGCAAGCGAUAUGGCACUACGACAAGAGGGUAUAGAGCGAGUUCAACAACUUGAGAAGGAAUACCGAAGCGAACAGAAACAGCUACGAAAGGCCACGGCGCAGUUUGUUGCGUAUCUGAGAGAGCAUUCUGCCAAUGCCUUCAAUGAUGCGACUGAAAAGUAUUACGACCAACUCAUCAAGAUUGAGAUAGGCAAGAUCCAGUUUGGAAAGGACAACAGAUUGAACGUCGAUGCGAACAAAACAAAGCUCAAAGGUCUGACAGAUGACAGAGACAGGCAUCUCGAGCUUGUCAAGACGAUCCAGGAAAACAUGCAUGCUCCUCGUGACCAGACGGAAGCGCUUCUGACUCAAGAUGGAGUCGAGCAACUCAUCAGGGAUCUAUACAAUCUCAAGCACUUUGGCAAGAAUUUGAGGAGUUUAAGAGAUGACAUUACACAUUACAAGAACCAUGGCAAGCGAUCGCAUCACCGUCAUCGAUCUCGGUCGCGAAGGUCUGAGCGGAGCUUGGAGACGCGUGAAGAUGUAAGUGACAGAUCUAGUCGAAGCCACGAUGAGCGUGAACAAGAAUCGGGACGGAACAGGGACAUUCUUCGAGGAAUCCAUAAAUUCCUCUCCGAUAUCUAGGCCCAUUGGGGAUGACACGGUAAGCUCACGAGAUUGGUGGAUAAGGGAGCUGCUGGGAUCUGCAUCAGAGGGCGCAAUUUCAUUCACUUAGUUACAAUAAUUGAUCUUGAAUUUAUUUUAUACAAGG